AUGUACCUAUUCCUGCAUCCUCUGCACUUGAUACCUUCCCAAAUGUACAAAGUCAACGGUCUGCUGUUUGAAAUCAUCACGAAUACUAUGGCAGAGGACGCAGGACUAGGUACGUUCUACAAGACCUCUGUCGAUCCGACUAACUUGCGUAAACGAGAUUUUCAGCAGAUAUCAUAUGGAAAGUUCACAAAAUGGCUUUCAGAAUUAGUGGAUUUGGAUAACCUCAGCCAGAAACUUAACUCCAAGAAGGCAAUCAAAAGACUUUCCUUUCUAUAUCAGGAAUUAUAUAAUUACGCUCAGGAAUGCUUAGAUCGUCAUUUUUUACUGCCCCGAACGCACCUUCUUCUGCACAAGGCUUUCAUUCUUCUCAGCCACCCCGCCAUGGAAUCAACUAACAUGAACCCUAUAUCUAGUUAUUCACUUCCUGCUAUACCCCGACCCAGUAGAGUAGCCAAGCGUCUGCUGCCACUUCUGCUUCGUCAUCCCAGUUUUCCUUUUAUCCUUUUUGGAGUGCAACAAGCUACACGGGUCACUCCGUCUGUCUCGGAGCUGCCAGCACUGGCCGAGAUGCACACUAACCGUCCCGCAUCUUGCAAGGUACCGAAGCAUUUUGCCUCUUUGAUAUCACCUUCCAAAAGUUUCCUAUCUGGUCAUCUUCCUAUAUUGGCAUGUCUCGCAGCUUAUAAUGGCACCCUUAGCAAAUCAGCUUACUACAUAUCUUGA